CGACCACCCUGCGCGCCUUGCACUUGCAGCCACAGUUUGAGGAUAAACCCAAGCAGCCAGCCAGCACGCGCAGCAGCAGCCAUGGCGCCUCCCGUCUCCUCCCUCUCCCUGUCCCCCAUGGCGUCCAGCACAAUCCCGUCGCCGCAGCUCCCCAAGCCCAGCACCGUCAGGGCGCUCUCCGUCGCGCCCUGCAACUCCGCCGCCUCCUCCUCCUCACCGUCCACCUCCUCAUCUCCCCCGUGCCACGCCGCGGCGCCUCAGGUGGCGUCGGCGGGAAGGAGGGGGAUGCUGGCGCUGGGCGCGGGGUUCCUGGCCUCGGCCGCGCUGCUGUGCCCCGCCGGGGACGCCGGGGCCACGCGCAUCGAGUACUACGCGACGGUCGGGGACAAGCUCUGCGACCUCAACCUCGUCAAGUCGGGGCUCGCCUACUGCGACGUCGAGGUCGGCACCGGCGCCCAGCCACCGCGCGGCGAGCUCAUCAACGUGCACUACACUGCAAGAUUUCCCGAUGGUACGGUGUUCGACAGCACCUACAAGCGCGGCAGGCCACUGACAAUGCGCAUCGGCGCAGGCAAGAUCCUCCGUGGGCUUGAGCAGGGAAUCAGUGGAGGUGGUGGUGUGCCGCCCAUGCUUGUUGGUGGGAAGCGCAAGCUUAUGAUACCUGCAACUCUGGCGUACGGGCCUGAACCAGCAGGCUGCUUCUCAGGAGAUUGUAACAUUCCUGGAAACUCCACAAUUCUAUAUGACCUUUUCCUCGUCGGAAUUUACAAGUGAGCAUCCGAUGACAAGGAACAUUCGGGAAAUAGAACAGAGUUACAAAUAAAGAGCAAGAAUGGACCGUUUCCAAUCCCAGGAUUGUCGGAAAUUCUACCUUGGCAAUUUCAUGGAACACGGGGUGAGUUUCAGCCUUUCAGGGAGAAGUCCAUCGGAUCACCACCAGAGCCCCUUGCAGAAGUUUGUGCAUAGCAUUUCUUUAUCUUUUCGUAGUCUAUUGGCACUUUGGCAGUGUUCUUGACCUAUAUUUUCAAAGAAAAUAAGCCCCUUGGAUUGCAGCAAAAUGAUACGGGGCAACUUGCAGGGAGUGAGAUACGAAUAAACCCAGCCUUGUAAGUUGUAACAGAAUAUUAUCAUAGAACUUUGUAAAGACCAAUCAUACUAUGGUUCACAGGGCAUUUAAAGACCAAUCAUACGGCCUUUUCACAUGGCAUU